CUCAGAUAGACCGCCCGUCUCUCUCUCUCUCUCUCUCUCUCUCUCUCUCUCUCUCUCUCUCAUCGUGAUGUUUGUAUCCUCUGGAUAACGGGAUAAAAUCACCGCAGCUCUACAGCAGGAUGUGUGGUAUGGCGGUGCUUUUAGAUGAUGGUGGAGGUGAUGAAGACUUUGGCGUGGGCGAUGAGAUCCGGAUGCUGCCGCCUCCUCCGGCUCAGUGUGACGGUGGGGUCUGGGGGCCGCGGCGGGGCCGCUGCGGGUGUGUGCUGUGGACGCUGGUCCUGCUGCUGUGGAACGUCCUGCUGCUGCUGCUGUGUGUGGGGCUGAUGGCCCUGGUGUUCAGCCUGAUCCUGCUGCCCGCCGCCCUGCUGCUGUACGCCGGCUUCCUGUGCCACUCGCGGGUGGUGGCGUCGCCGGCUCCUCUCUGCCAAUACCUUGACGACAACAGUUGCUCCGCCCUCAUCAUCCUGGGCUUUGUCAUGAUGUCACCGCUUGUCGUGGUUGCUGCGGCGACGUUCUGCGCUGUUCUCAGGCGGCUCCACCUACUUUUAUAUUUUCAGCCAAUCUCAGGAGCCCGGUAUCAAGGGCGGGGCUUGGGCUGGAGGCGGGACUUCCACGCCUGGGUUUGACAGACAGCAAUCUCAGGUUAUAGGGUCAAAGGGUGAGUGACAUCAUGGGACAGCGACGGCGUAACACACACACGUAACACACUAAAACGUCUGUGUGGAGGCUUGUUCCAGCCAAAUUAAUCUUUUCAUAUGAUUGAGGAAUUGACAAGAAAUUUAAGUGUUACCAUGAAGUAGUAAAAUUGUUACGCUGUUACAUUUUAAAUCUACUUCUUUCUUUCAGCACAUGCAGAAAAGUCUGUUUGCGUGAAAAAUAUGGCAAAACAAUCACUCAAACAUGCAUCGCUAUGAACAAUAUUUAUUUUUUUCUGAAGAUAAACAAGUCGUUACGGAUUUGAGUGUUACCAAACUGGUGUACUAGUCUUGAGUUUACCUGUUGAUGUUGACGUUUUUAUUGGUUGGUUAGUUGUGUGAGAUUCGUCUGUGCAGUUCUGUGAAUAAACCAGCUGAAAUCAAA